UUAAAACAAAGAAAAAAAAGGAAAAUCCAGCCCAGAGAGAAAGAAAUUUCAAAAAAAAAAAAUGUCAGGAAGAGGAAAAGGAGGAAAGGGUUUAGGAAAGGGAGGAGCAAAGAGGCACAGAAAAGUUCUGAGAGACAACAUUCAAGGUAUUACUAAGCCAGCCAUCAGAAGAUUAGCAAGAAGAGGUGGUGUGAAACGUAUCAGUGGAUUGAUCUAUGAAGAAACUCGUGGUGUUCUUAAGAUCUUUCUUGAGAAUGUGAUUCGUGAUGCUGUUACUUACACUGAACAUGCUAGGAGGAAGACUGUUACUGCUAUGGAUGUGGUUUAUGCUUUGAAGCGACAGGGAAGAACUCUUUACGGUUUUGGAGGUUAGGGUUUCGAAAUUGGGGUUUUUUUCUGUAAAGGGUUUCGCACAAGCCAGAGGAGCGAAUAUGAGGAGUACAGCUUAACCGUGGUUGUCAGCUCAAGCUUUAGCAUCCAAGGCGUCUGCAGUGCAGAUAUCAGCAGGAGAUCCCUUUCCUUUCCCAUCACCUGUUAGAUUAUUGGGGUCUGGUGUGGAGCGAAACUCUUCAUAGUAAGCAUAUUCUAUACUUUGGCGAGUGCAGGGGAGUUUAUGCUGAUGCUCAAAGACGUCAUUCCCGUUUUGAUAUUUGGGAGAUACGAAUACACUAAUCUCCUGAGCGCCACUAUAGCUUUUGAACCCGCAAAAUCAGUUGCAUUACACUGUUUGGUGAAAUUGAUUUGAUAUGUUAAAGUUUUUGUUCUCAACUUGUUGAGUCAAAUUGAGCAGUGCAUAUUCGAGUCAUCAGUUCCACUCGAGACUGGGCAACUGUGGUUAUGAGCAGUUUAUCCAUCAACUUCGGUUGUAUCCACAAGUACACCUGCAAGAUUAUAUAAGUAAAAACCAGAGGUGAGAAUCAUUUUGAGGAGUGCCAACCAAUUACAACCACCACGAACCGGAAUUGUUUGAAGCUAAGGCAUAUGAAAAAGAAAAGUGGGUGAGCAGGAUCAGCACACAACAACAAGCCAGCCACUGCUCUGCUGUGCUAUCGGGAGAUACAUUCCAGUCAUAGAAGAUUUAAGAAAGGUCAUCCUGGGCGCAACACUGUCUCCUUUCUUACUCAUCCCAUGAAAAAAUUGCACAAUGAAACGGUAUCUAUACUGAACUGAAAUGCUUUCUAGGGAAAUUUUAGCUCUACCAACAACUUUAGUACCACAAGUCCCAACUUUCUUAGUAAGGCACGCUCAUGUCGCCUUUGUCAUAACAUCUGUUCAUUUCCAGUUUCAAAACUUAUUCAUGAUUCUUCAUCAAAUCAAUAUUGAAGUAUCCCA